AUGGGAUUAUUUACUAGAAGACAACGAAAGCAAGAUACUUAUCAGGGGUUUAGCAAAUACGCAAGCGAUAUAAACCAAUACAACCAAACACAGCUACAACAUCAACAACAGUAUGCACCCCCAGAUCAGUCUGCCCAAUAUAAUGCAGGUAAGGCAGCUGCCAUAGCAGCUUUACGAAUGCAUAGUCUGCCAGUACCGCCACAAAUACAACAACCAAAACGACAGACUCCAAGAAAUACAACUGCAACCCAACGGCAACAACGUCAAAGAUUACUGCAAGCACCGAGAUCAAGCUCAUUUACAGGCAAUAGGGCCAAUUCACUCCAACAAUAUGUAUAUAACCCCACGGCAUCAUAUACACCGGGAAGUGCAACUAUUCCAAAUGCAAGAAGAUAUAGCAGUUUAACAAACUAUUCACCCCAACCCCAUGUAUCCCCGAAUUAUCAAUCAAUUGAAGAUAUGAUGAUGCACGAGGAGUCAGAUUUAGGAUUAGAACAACAAGAAGAAGAAGAAGAAGAUUUAACAAUCAUAAGCACCUCAACUCGAAAAAUCGUCGAUGCCCAAGGUCGUACCCAAUCAAUCACAACAAAGACUAUAAAAAUGCUACCUGAUGGAUCCAACAUUAUCGAAACCACAACCAAGAACAUUUCAAGAACUAAUUCAAGAUCAAACUCAAUGGCAUCGGGAAGUAACAGGGUGAAUUCUAUAACUUUACUGCCUAAUUUACAAAAAAUAGAUGAACAUUUAAGUGAUUUCGAUUAUGAUUAUCAAGUUGAUUCGCAUCAUUUAGAUGAUCCAGAUAUGAAAUUAAGAUUGAAUUUGGGAGAUAAUACCAAUCAAAUCAAUCCCAAAGAAAUAAAACCAUUAGAUGGAGAAUUGAAACCACCAAUUGACGAAAAUAACAAUAACAGAUUGGGAUCUAUUGGAAGUAGUGGGUCAAAACCACUUCGAUCAAUCUUAAAAAAUUCUCGAGCAAGUUUAGACAAUCUAACCCAUUCACCACCCUUACAACCUAAAGCAUCCGCGCCUAUGACCUCAUCAUCCCCGCCAUCAUCCAUAAAAUUCAAUGAUCAUGUCCAGACCAUCUCCAUCCCAGCUUCUCAACAUAAACCCAAACCACAACAAUCCCAUAAACCUCAUCCAACGCCUGCUCCAGCACCACAACCCAUACCAGAAGUGGAUAUGUAUGCAGCAGCAAUGCAGGCGGCAUAUAAGAAAGUCUACGGCGAUCGCCAAGAAGCAAUACCAGUAUCAAUAUCAACUCCGGGUCAAUCAGAACCGAAAACUGAGGAAAUAGCGAAGAAGUAUGCGGUGGAUGGUAUUCAUCGAGAAGGGGAGAUUGAGGAUCGGAAGUAUCGGGGACAUCAUAAAGGAUUUACAGUUCAUUCUAUGCGAGACCCAGGAGUGAAACAGAAGAGUCGGAAGGAAAGAGUGAAGGAAGAGAAGAAGUUGGCGAAGGAACGGGAGGCAGAGGAGAAGAGGUUGACGAAGGAACGGGAGGUAGAGGAGAAGAGAUUGACGAAGGAACGGGAGGUAGAGGAGAAGAGAUUGAUGAAGGAAAGAGAAGCGGAGGAGAAGAAGAGGGAGAAGGAAAGAAUGGAGGAGGAGAAGAAUAAGCAGAAGAAAGAUGGAAGACGUUUUGGGUUGAAGUUGUUGCCGAAGUUUAUUCACAGGCACGACAAAGAAGAAAGUGGACAUGAACAACAGAAUGACGACGGACGUAUUCCACAACUGCAAGAAACGUCACCUGUAACUCAGAAUGAUAUAUCAAGUUAUGAAAGAGAUGGAAUCCCACUUGAGACAGUGGCUACCCUCGAUCCCUGGAAAUCUGGAGAAACGCCACCAAUUGAAGAAUUUCACCGUACGCCUUCUCCGGUGAUUAAACGAGAAGUACCUGCUGCUCUUCGUCAACGUCCAGAAAUAUCACAUAGGUUAGGAACACCAGAAAAAUCACAAGAGGGGAUGAUAUCUGCUGCUUCCGAGGAAAUGGAACCGGAAAUGUCGCCACAAGUGGAGGAACUUCCAACUGAGAGUGAGGUAACAUCAUCACCUGAAGGAGCUUUCCCAUCCAAAACGACAGUGAAAGAAGAAGUGGCGACAUCGGAAGAGGUAGUCAAACCAGCACCAAUUGAGAGAGCUCAAGCUGAAGAACCAAACCAGGAAAUUUCUUAUCCAAUCGAAUCAGAAAACGCAAAAGAUAUACCAGAAGAAGUUCAUGAAAUAUCACCACCCCAAGCACCAGUAGAAACUACCGAAAAAGUGAUCCAGCCAGACACAAACCCCAACGAAUUAUCACAACCACUUCCCAUAGAGGAUAAUCUUCCAGUCAUAAACAACAUACAACACAAGAUUCCAGGAAAUAUCACACCAGUAGGCAGACCUGAAUUGCAAGAUAUCGAAACUGAAAUAGAAGAAGAAGAAACGGGGAUGAGUAGUCCAGAAAUGUCUUCUUCUCAAUAUAACGAGGAGGCAACAUCUCAAUAUGAUGACGAACAGGAGGAGGAGAAGGUAGCAGUAGCUAAUAGCGGCGAAAAGGAGUCGACAUCCGAGCAUCAUGAAGAUGAGGAAGUGGUGGGAUCCAGAAAAGAAGUAGAAGAAGAUGUUGGUGAUGAGAUGAUAUCGGUUCAUACUGAGGAUGUGAUGGAUGUUGAUCGGGAUGAGAAAGAGAUUGAUGUGGAUCGGGAUGAGAAAGAGAUUGAUGUGGAUGAAGAUGCGCCGGUCGGAAAUGAUAGGGAUAUAGUGGAUGAGAGUCGUGGUGGUGGUGAUGAUCAGAUAGGGAAUGAUGACGAUCAGAUAGGGAAUGAUGUGGGUAUUGUGGGUGAGAUCCAAGGUGGCAAUAUUGCCGAUGUGGUGCCUCAUGAAGAAGAAGAUAAAGCUGCGCUUGUGGAGGAUGAAAUCCACGUGGGUGAAGUAGGGAUGAAGAAUGUCGAGUUAGAAAAUAUCAACAAUUCUGAUAAAGACACGAAGGAUAUUGGUUUAGAAAAUAUCGAAACUACCGGUCUAGUCAGUAAGAAUAUUGAUUUGGAAAAUAAUGGUAAUGUUGAAAUUGACAAGAGUAAAGAAGGCGUUCAUGUCGAUCUCCAAAAACAAGUCCAACUGGCAUUUUUUGGUCCCAAAGAACAACAUGGACUGUCAAACCCAUCUACUGCACCUCAAGGGAUCAUGGAACCACCAGUUAAUGAUGGCGAUACGAUUCGAGUAGCGGUAAAAAGACCGCAAUCCCAGCUUGUCGAAGAGAAACCAGCUCAAUCAGAUCCAGCUACUAGUGGUGGAUAUACCCAAGCAGGUGAUGAAGAUCAUAUUGAAUCCGAUUCACGAUCGACGGAAAAUUCCUUAGUUGUCCCCAUUCAUGGACAAAAUUCUACUGAUGAUACUGAUCAUGAAGAAGUGGUGGCAAUUAAGAAAUCAUCAAAGAAGAAAGAAGGGAAGAAGAAAUUUAAACAACGGAUAUUUAAAUAUUUUGUAAAUUCAUAUGAUAACAAUCGCUAG